AUAUACUGAACCUGAUCAAUUGCAUCUUUGCGUGCCCAGACACGGAAGAGAACAUUGUUAGUUUCAGGCUUUGAAUCUCUGUAGUCAAAGUCACAAACCAUGAAGGCUACAAGGUUCAUCAAAACAGGGAAAAGCCUUCCGAGCAUCGAUGGAUUCAAACUGUGUAACUGCCAGCCACCUGUACAAAAACAGAAUUAUCUUCUUUUAAAGUGAUUACUGAGAAAAAAUUGCUUUGGAUUUUUGUUAGAGGUAUUUCAAGUGAUUUGGAGUGAAUCUUGAUUACAUCGGUUGCUGUUUUACAUUCCACCUGAAUGAGUGAAAUUGGUCUACAGUUCAAUGUGAAUACAAUAAAGGUACUCUACAGGAUUUUUCUGCAGCACCAGUUCUCUUUGCGUGCUCAAUUUGGACAAGCUGCCCCAUGGAUUAUCCCAAAUUUCAGGUGGCUUUCGAAGAGAGCAAAUGCUGAUGUAUCAUCUGCAAAGAGGACAGACUCAUGGGGGAGGUUGGAUGGAAGAUCAUUAAUCAUAAUGACAAAUAGGAGUGGCCCCAAAACGGACCCUUGGGGAACACCUCUAACCACUUCCCGCAUACCAGACACCCCCAUUACAACCACCUGUUUUCUGUUUACAAGGAAUUUCAUCAAAAUGCAUCAAAAACCUUGUUCUGCACACAUGCUGUAAUUCAUACGACUCUGGUCCAUGACAGAUUAUACCAAUGUGCAUUCAUUCUAAUGAUUUCACACCAUUUAUAACAUUUAUAUAAUUUACAUACAUGGCAAUAGAAACUAAAUAACAAAUAACAUACAAUAAUAUAACUGAUAAAUAGUGCAACGAUAAAGCACAUAUACAUAUUUACACACACAAUACAUCUAUGAGAUGGUAAUGCGCCAGAAAUAAUGGUUAUGUAUAUUAUAACAACAGAUAAAAAUAGUAAUUCCCUUUAUAAAUACAAAAUUAGAUUCCAUAUAGUUCUAAAAACAAAACAAAUAACACUCAAAAUAAAAAUAAAAAAUAAUGA